CACAAAAUUUGUAAAAUGGGACGGUCGUGCAAUAAAUUGGUAUUGCAAAGUAUUCUUUAUUGUAUUUUGCCCAUAAAGUUGGAAGCGAUGAGCUCUUGAAGACAUUUAAAAAUUUUUGUAAACACGCUUGCGGAUUGAGGAAUAAUUAUUAUUCUAAGUAGGUAUUAUAGUAUUUAUCGAAUGCUAUUUUAUUGCGGAAGUAAUGGCUUCCCAAAUUUUAAUUGUAUAAAAUAUAGUUUUGUUUAUGUUUAUGUAAACUAAUAGACAAUUCAUUCAAGACUAAUUAAAGGGUAUAGUUUCAAGAUUAACUAUCAUGGAAUCAUCGUGACCUCCCAAUUUUAGCGUCCCUUGAAAUAACAAGGUGAAUAAAAACCGCAUUUGAAUCAAAUUAUUGUGGUAUUUGAGGUAAUAAACCAUUUAAAUAAUUUAUAGCACCUCAUUUAAUUGUUCUUCAAUCAAUAAACUAUACAAAGUCGAAAUGAACAAAAGGUGAAGUUUAUAAUACAAAAACUAUUUGUUUACAAUGUACGACGCUGGUGGGACGAUGUCAUUCGGAGAUAAAAGAGGAAAUCAGCGUGAAGAGGAAGAUACAUCUGGAGAAGACGCGGUAGAAAGCGAUGAUGAAGAUGAAACAAUCGCUAGAAUACAGAGAGCUCACUUUGCUCAGGCCGCGGCGAUGAACCCUCGUCGGCGACCGGUUCCUCGUCCUAGACGGAUGAGCCAUAAAAGAAAAUUGGAAGCAGUUAGAAAUUUUCACGAUUUUACUAAAAAGUUGAAACAAGACACAGGCAUAAAAAUUCGAAGUUUAGUAGGGAAUGAUUUGAUAGAAUAUAGUGAUUUUUCUAGUGAGGAUAAUAAUAGUGACAGUGAUGGUUUAUCAGAGGAAGAAUUCACAGUUGACCCGAAUGCUGUGCAGGAUUUAAAUGAGGAAAAUGAAAGUUACAUUGAUCCGGAAACAGGUGAUAUUGUGGAAUCCAAAGUGAAAAAGUCAAUUGAAAAGGAAGUUGAAGAAGCAACAUGUGUAAGUGAUAGUACUGAAGAGCCUAAAACACUUUCAAUAAGUGACAUUAUAAAUGAAGGUGAUUUAGAUUUAACCAAAAAUGUUGAAAUCACGGGAGUCGAGGAGAGUGAUUUGUGUCCAGAGAAAACCGCUGAAGAUUUGUUAGACAUGAAAGAUGAUAGCAGUCAGAGUUUUGACAUUACAGACAAAUUAAAAGACAUGGGGGAGAUUAGUGUUAAGCAAUCAAAUAAAUCAGAAGGUGAGGAAUCUACUCCAAAUGAGGAAACAAAAUCAGAGAAUGAUGAUGAGAUGAAAUCCGUAAAUAGUAGCGCAUUAAAUGUUCGACGCAACAUAAGAGAAGUAAUGGAUGAAAAAAAUUUGGAUGCAUCAACAUUAGCUGCUCAGAGACAAGAAUCUGAACGUCUGGCGAGAGUACAGGAACAGCAGAGGAUUAUUAGAGAGGUCCAAAGGCAAAUAGCAAUAAACAGACAAAACAAAAUUCAUCAAAAAACUAUAUCUCUUCUGCAAGGAGGUUCUUCUAUAUUGAAAAAGUCGGGGCUGGGACAAAAACUAAAUUUACCGAACACAGUAUUAGUUAAAUUACCAUCUGGUGAACUAAAGAGAACUACAGUGAAGCAAGGACAGUUGGAAGUUACAAAAGUGCCGAAGCCUACUACAUCUGCAUCGGCUAUGGCACACAAAAUGGGGAAAGGUGACCAAAAGACUGAAAAGAAAGAAGUUGUUGAAAUAGUAGACAGUAGUAGUGGCGAGGAGUCAUCAUCAUCAUCUUCGGAUUCGGAUGACUGCAUAAUGCUUUCUGACUCUGAAGUCCCAGCUAGCCCUGAAGCAGAGGAGGACCCAACUAACUCAGGCCUUCAUGUAAAUGACACUUAUAAUGUACCAGAUGAACAAGGCAGAGUUCUUAUAAACAUAGGUCAUCCUGAAAACGAAGAGGAUAUAUUUUUAGCUCCACAGAUUGCCCGCGUUAUCAAACCACAUCAGAUUGGUGGCGUCAGGUUUCUAUUUGACAACAUCAUUGAAUCUGUGGAGAGAUUCUCGACUUCUACUGGAUUCGGUUGUAUAUUGGCACAUUCAAUGGGCUUAGGAAAGACAUUACAAAUCGUGUGCUUCUGUGAUAUAUUCCUGCGUCAUACUGCUUCUAAAACUGUCCUGUGUAUUAUGCCUAUAAACACAUUGCAGAAUUGGGUGGCGGAGUUUAAUAUGUGGCUUCCUCUAGAUGCAUCAACUAGUCCCUUGUCAGCACAUGGUGAGGUCCGACCGAGGAACUUUCCUAUAUACGUACUUAACGAUAGCCACAAGACGUUACAGAUGCGUGCUAAAGUAGUCAAGGACUGGACAACAACAGGUGGUGUUCUUAUGAUAGGCUAUGAAUUGUACAGGUUAUUGUGUAUGAAAAAAGAUAAAAAACCUCGUAAGAAAAAGAAAGCAGAUGCAAAGUUGGAUGUGGAGAAAGACAAAGAGGAGAAGAAGAGUGACAGACCUGAAGUUGGCAAUGAAGAUACCCAGGGUUCAGAUGUAACAAAAGCAUCGGAUGAUACACGCAUAGAUAAGGAUGACGGUGAGAACAAAAUGGACGAUUUAAAAGAUGAUAAAAAAGAAGAUACUCCAACAGAUGAAGAAAAGAAACUGUUAGAUGAGAUGUAUGAAGCCCUAGUCAAACCUGGCCCUGAUUUAGUGAUAUGUGAUGAAGGGCAUCGAAUAAAGAAUUCUCAUUCCAAUAUAUCAUAUGCACUGAAACAAAUGAGAACCAAAAGACGUAUUGUACUAACAGGUUAUCCUUUGCAAAACAAUUUACUAGAAUAUUGGUGUAUGGUGGAUUUCGUCCGGCCAAACUAUCUUGGUAGCAAAACCGAGUUCUGCAACAUGUUUGAGAGGCCUAUACAAAAUGGGCAAUGUAUUGAUUCCACCCCUCAGGAUAUUAGACUUAUGAGAUACAGAGCGCAUGUGCUGCACUCACUUUUGGUUGGUUUUGUGCAAAGACGCUCGCAUGCGGUGUUGCAAUCGACCCUGCCUCAGAAAGAAGAAUACGUCCUGUUGGUCAGAAUGACGCCGCUCCAGCGACAACUAUACGAUCGGUUCAUGAAUGAAGUUGUCCGAUCUGCUUCAGUGCCAAACCCCUUGAAAGCAUUUGCUAUUUGUUGUAAGAUUUGGAACCACCCCGAUGUUUUGUAUAACUUUUUGAAGAAACGAAGCGAAGUUAAUGCGGCUAUUGAAGAAGACUUGGAUUUAGAAGAAAUUGGCGGUGUUACGAAAGCUGGAAGAGCUAAAAACAAUAAAUCCCAGGGGAAACGCACUUACAAGCCGAGGGGCUCAGGUAAAAAACCAGCAGCCACAAUACAGCCAAAUACUACAACAGUUGCGCCGACUCAACCUCAAGAAGCUAACAAUUUUCCCAACUAUCCGACUGGUAGUCAAUAUGGACAGCCUCCAUAUAGACAGGAUCAACCUGGGGGCAAUUAUCCUACAGUUAAUCCAAAUUAUCCGCCAUACCAGAACUCAGCUCCCGGAUAUUAUCCACCUGGACAAGGAUUUAAUCCAGAGUAUGGCAAUAACUUUUAUCCACAACAACAAUACGAAAAUAAUUAUCCAAACCAAUACCCACCUACCAACAACUCUGAGCAGUAUAACCAAAAUUAUUGGGGCAAUAACAGCUACUACAACAAUUCUGGUUAUUACAAUAGUACUCAAUUUCCUAAUAACUCUAAUCCAAACUUCAAUGCAUCUACUGCCGGUUAUAAUAAUCCACAGCAAUAUCCAUCGAAUUUUAAUGGACCUCCGAAUUCACAAUAUGCAGGAGGCAGUGCACCGCAAAGUAAUCCACCUUAUCCUAGUGCUAAUGUGGCUCCUAGGAGUGCGCCCUACCCUGCCGAAAAUAACGAAUCUCCGAAUAAUCCGCCUUCUUAUCCCCCCAAUAAUCAACAGUUUACAACUGGUAAUGUACCACAAGACAGCCAAUCUUUCGCCCCCAAUCCGUUAUCUGCAAAUACAGCACCAUACUCUAAUGAUAAUACUACGCCAAUUAGAGAACCGUUUACAAGAACUAAUGUUCCCAUUGACACCGGAUAUAACACAGACGUUCAAAAUAACUCGACAUACACUAGUAGUAAUAAUAGUUCAUCUGCAAAUGAUGCCCCAUUUUCGGCGGAUAAUCGUGUGACACCAUAUUCGGCAAACACUCCCCAAUCUUACCCACCCAGCCAAGAUUAUGCAGCCCAAAAUCGAUCACGUUAUCCGACAGAUUAUCCAAAUUCACAGAUGUAUGGUGAAUAUAAUUCGACCAACAUUGUAGCCACGGCACAGUAUCCGAACAAUCAGUCGCUACAAAAUUAUAGCGGUCCAUAUCCACCCCAGCAUUACCAAGCCAAUAAUCCCUAUGUAACUGAUCUAUCCACCUCAUACAACCAAUACGGAAAUCAAUCAACUAAUUAUCCUAACUAUCCACCGAGUCAACAGAACAUUAGUAAUGCAAUUCAAUCCAACCCACCAGCAAUUAAAAUGGAAAAUAAUUUGGAGCCUAACUAUGGAGUAAGGGAUAUUAAAGCCGAAUCGAAUACUUCACAAUCAUCAGAUCAACCACCAUUUGGUAAUCACUAUAACUAUGGUGAGCCAAAUGCAUCGUUAUAUCCGGAGCAAUCUGGAAAUAAUGACUUUGAUCAAUAUCAAAACUAUCCUUCAUUAGAAACUAAACCCCCUCUGUGUAGUGCUGGCUCUGGAAGUCCUGUAACUUCGUGGCCCAUGACAGUUACAUUGAAGACUGAAGUUGAUAGACUAAAAGCUGAAGAUAAAAUUGAAAUGAAAUCAGAGUCUGAUGGAGAAGUGAAAAUAGAAGAUUUAGAUACAAAAACUAUAGUCAAAGAUGAGUUAAAAAAGGAAAUAAAUGAUCCUACAAUGACGUCCUUGACACCUAACGUGCCAAAACAAGUGAAUAUUACUGAUAAGACAUUAAAUACUGAUAAAACCAAGAGUGGGGGUUCAGAGUCAGAAAUUGAAACUCCUAAAAAAGGCAGACGUAAAGGUAAAAGAAAAGAAAGUCCAAAAAGUGAUAAAUCCAAACCUAGAGCUAGAGCGAAACCUAAAGGAAGGAAAGACAGAAAAAAGUCAAAAGAAAAAGGCAACGAGGAAUCAGAUUCUGAGCAAAGUGAGAAAGAAGAAAAGUUGAACAAAGAAGAAGAAUUAGCAAUUGUUAAGAAGAAUGAAGAAAUGACUUAUGACUGGGCGACUGACCUAUUGAAAGAUUAUAUUCCUGGUAUUAUAGAAAACUCAGCUAAAAUGGAUUUAUUCUUUUAUUUAUUGAAUGAAAGUAUUAAAUUAGGAGAUAGAAUAUUAUUAUUUAGUCAAAGUUUGUUUACUCUAAAUUUAAUAGAAGAUUUUCUCGGCCGUAAUUAUAUUCCCGGUACUAAUCGAGUUUGGGAACGAAACACUUCCUAUUUUAGACUGGAUGGUUCCACGCAUGCGCUUGAACGCGAAAAGUUGAUAAAUGAAUUUAACGCAAAUCCCAACGUAUAUUUGUUUCUGGUAUCAACGCGCGCGGGUUCACUGGGGAUUAAUCUUGUUGGAGCUAACCGAGUCAUAGUGUUUGAUGCCAGUUGGAAUCCUUGCCACGAUACGCAGGCUGUGUGCAGAGUGUACAGGUACGGUCAAAAGAAGCCCUGCUUUGUUUAUCGUUUCGUCAUGGACUGCUGUUUGGAGAAGAAGAUUUACGAUCGCCAAAUAAACAAACAAGGAAUGGCAGAUAGGGUUGUCGAUGAAUGUAAUCCUGACGCCGUGUUGUCGAUGAAGGAAAUAACAAAUCUCUGUUUCGACAAUGAUGAGAAGGAGUCGGAACCAAAAGAUCUGUCCGAGCAUAAAGAUAAAUACAUUGAUGUGUUGAUGCAAGGUAUCAUAGUGUUGCACGGUAAGAUGUUGAGCAAAGAACCAUUCCAGCACGAAUCUCUGUUGGUUGACAGGAAGGAAAAGAAGUUAUCUAGUGCUGAAAAGAGAUUGGCUCAGAGAGGGUAUGAAUUGGAGAAGAAAGCAGCGUUAGCACCUAAACCUACAACGGCGUACAGAACUGUGCGUACGGCUGAUGGAAGCCUGGUGCAGCGGCCUGUUGCGUCCGUGAGGCCGAUGCAGCACGGCGCCCGAUGGAUACCAGCCGACGUGUGGAGGCGGCAAGGCAUGACGGCACAGGAAAUGACCCUACCCUUAGAUGUUGUGAUUCCUACGAAUUCUGCCGAAAAAACAAAUAUUGUACUAAAAGCCGGACAAAGAGUUAUGGUUUUGAAGUCACCUAAAGGAAUCUAUAUGCAGCUUGAAUCUGGAAAAAUUAUUGCCAUCAAAACAGCACUGAAGGGAUUGGGACAGAAAGGUGAUGGUAACACUCCAAUAGGUAAAAAAGUUUUAGGUAAUCGUCCAUCGUCUGCUAAUAUUCCGGGUUCUCUGAAAAACAAUUCCGCAAUAACAAUAACAUCGAAGGGUGGGCAGAGAUAUAUGCGAGGGAUGGGGAGACAAGUGAUGGGGCAAAAAAUAACUAGGCCAAUGUUACCCGGGCAAAAGAUUGCAGAAAUAAGAAAUAGAUUAGGCGAAAUGAGGUCAUAUGGCGGAAUACGCACUAAAUUGCCAACACCUCAAAUGAGGAUGUUACGUCCAAACUUACCGGGGUCAUUGAGUAUCACUAGGAUAAGUAAAGAUUCAGACAAAGCUAAAUCCAACGCAAUAAAAGGUCGAGCAUUUAAUGCGGAGACUGAAGUAUUAGACAGUGAUGAUGACGAUCGAAGUACUCAGAACACUGAAACUAAAACAAUCGAAAAUAAAGUCAAAGAAUCGGAAAAUACGGAAAUAGUAGAAAACGAUAAUCAUAGUGAAAAUACGGUUAACGCUUCAACCGAAAAACAAACUUCAGAUAACCACGAAAAGGAAAACCAUGACAGAGUCCCUAUUGUUUUAACAACUGAUGAGAAAUUGCCAUCUGAAGAGGUGUUAGAGAGGAAACCAUCGGAACGUGUAGAACCUUCUGUCGCUGAUGUUAAACGAGAUGAUGUUCCGGUAAACCUUGCUGGUCGAGGAUCUAGUAAAAUUAACUUGCUCAAAAACUAUAGACAUCAACGUCCCAUGAGUCGUCCUCAGGGAGAGUCAAGUUUGAGCCAGCUAGAGAGGACGGCUAGCGUCUUAAACACAGACGGAGUCCCCGAUUUCCGAAAAAAUUUAGAUGACAUAACUCAAUCGUAUUCACCAAGCGAAGAGAAAUCUAGUGGGACCAGAAAGAAACGAUCUCCACAAAAACUUAAUGUCGAAUCUCAAGAGCGGCCUCUUAAUAUGUCUCAUAGUGUAUCUAAUCUUCUUGGUGAAAGUUCACAGAAGCCAAGAUCAGAAAUGCCUCAAGGCAUUAGUUCUUUGCAUAACCAGAGGCCGACUCAAUCUCUUGUGAGUGGGCUACCCCAGGAAGUGCCGGGGUAUUUGAACAAAUCUCCAGUUACGCCGAUAAAUAUAACUCACAGUGGUCUCAUGACGGGAGGAACAACAACCAGUAACAGUGAAAUUGCAAACGACAGUUUGCAGGCUAAGGUGCCUCCAGGAGCACUCCCAACCCAGUCUUACCCAAGCGGAAGUACUCCACCCGAGGGGCCAUAUGGGCAGUAUCCAGGUUAUGGGAUUGGCUAUGGAGGAUAUCCGAACCCACCGUACUACGGCGGCUACGGUCCUGGUUACUACCCCCCCUACGGAACUCCGCCAGGGUUCUCCCCACCUCCACAUACCCCCCCUACUGACCCAUAUUUACCACCGAACCCACAGUGGUAGUGAACUGAACGGUAACAAUCAAACUUCCAGUGGUAGUGAUGUUUUACUAUAUAAUGUUAGUGGAUUUAUAAUUGUAUGUUUCAUCUUAUGUGGUGUGGUGGCGAUCAAAUGUCUUUGCUGUAUGUAUUUUAAUUUUAUACUAAUGGCAAGUUAUGAUGGUUGUUUUGACAGUUACUAGUAGUGGCAUCACAUAUUUUGCAACUAAGUACCUGUUUUACAAUGUAUAAGUAGCGAAUUGUCUUAUUAAUUGCUACAUUAAAGUUCCCGGUAACUAAGUUACUGAAUUUCACAAUCACUUCACUGCUAUGUUAUUACGAGAUGAUUUUCAAGCAAGUCGGUUUGGCAACCUCGCAUUUUAUAGUUCCGUUUGAUAAAACGGAAAUAUUAAGAUAAAACUAAAACGAAACGAUUAUUAUAAUUUCCUAUUGGUAUAACGGUAAAUACAACUAUUUUCACAAUAACAACGAUCAUCACAUAAUUGUUUUUCAUUUUCGUGUAACGAAAUUUAAAAAUUUCAACAAAUAAGUUGUCAUGAGGUUUUCAUAGCUUUUAUAAGUCAUGACAUGUUAUCUGAAACAUAUAAGCUAUAUGCUGCCAGAUCUAUCCUAUAAAUUAACAAGCAGUUUAUGUGCUGGUUCACACUAGUUAAACAUUGUGAGAAUAUGUCUUUAUUCAGCAGAUAAUUCCCAAGUAGCUUAUUUGUAACUUUACUUGUACAUCGUGAAACAAGCCCUAAAGUGUAAAAAUAAACAUUGCCUGUAAAUAACAGUUAUUUUGUUUUGUUCAAGCGUAGUUGUAAUUUUUAGAUAUUGCGCCCCCAACUUAUCUGUUCAGGUCGCUGCGUCGCUUGUGGUAAAUUUGGUAUUGCCAAAAUGAUAAAACCUUUAAAAUAAUUAGACUUGCGUCACUUUUCACCAAGUUGGUGUCCAAAAGCAGAAUAUAUACAGCUCUAUGGGGAGUUACUCACCUGGUCUCCGUUUGGCAACCAACAACCAGGGUGGCGCGACCAGUUCGGACGCGUCAUGACUCUAGUGUCUGUAUGGUGUCUAGUUUUGAGCUUACCACGGUUGCGCAACCAGUCGCGCCACCGUGGUGUCCUGGUAAAAUAUAUCAUUAAGACAUUUCCGCAUUUUAUUUGCACUUAAAACUAUAACGUAACGAUGAAAAAAUGAAGAUUUCAAAAUGGCGACUGACAGCUGUAGUUUGUAUUUUCCCAACCUGAACAUGUUAGUUAGUGGCACUAUAAUAUUAUGUCAUAACGACCAUCAUAGAGUUGCGUCACUUUACUCACAACACAUUGGACGAUGUUCGUUUUUACUUCUAUUUUAAAGUGUAGGGUAACUGAGUCUGUGACGUUUUAAAAUAUGAUUUUUUUGAAUAACUUUUUGUAAAUAAUAAUCGAUUUACUCUUAUUUAAUAAUUAAAAAUCCAACUCAUUCAUCAAUGAUUGUAUAGCAAUUGGGGAAAAAGCUAGUUUAUUCAAGAAUAUCUACUGAUAUCAUCAUAUGAUUUUCGAAAAACAAUGUACAAGUAAUUUUAUUGCAUUUUCAGUGAUGUGAUUUUAUUGUAUGAAUAUUCAAGUUUUAAGUAUUGUUGAGGAACUAGAUGCGUUUUGUUAAGGUACGUAAUUUAUUUUAUACAAUAUCUUUUGAAAAAACAUUUAUUUGAACUGUUUUUCCUAUAAUUUGUUUUAUAUUUAAAAUUUACUUUUUAUUCCCCUUAUUAGACGCAAUUAUUGAUGAUUAGAAGUCUCUCUCUAUUUAAUUAUUUGAACGCAUUUUGAAUUUUGAGUAUGAAUUAUAGAUAUCACAGAAGCGGUAGAGAAACAAGAAUUGCAGUACUAAAUAGAUCCCUAAUACAAUAUCCUAGUCAAUUAAUAAAACAAUACCGUGCUUUCUUUUCUUUAAUGUAAAAUAAAUAUUUUAAAAGAAAUUUUACCGAAUCUCCAAAUAUACUUUGAGAAAAAUAACAUGUUUUUAAAAUGUGAACAUAUUUUUUAUCGAAACAAUAGUUCAACUGUGCUCUACUUUGCAAUAAGACUAAACAUUUGAGUACGUUAUCAUCGACAAUGAUUUAGAUAUUUAUUUUCAUUUCCUUUUAUCGAUCCUUAACAUAUUAAUAUAUUGUACAGUAACAAUUUUUGUUUCUAAUUCUAUUGCGAAUUUUAACGAUAAAAAUAAUAUUUUAAAUUUGUUUCUACUUUUUGUAGACUUUUCGCUUUUCAGUUACACACCAGGUAUAUGACUAGUAGUAUUACUUUUUAACAUUAGUAUUGCCUCCUAUUGUACUGCAAGUGUAUAAAAUAAUUUUGCAUUUAAAAAUAUGUAUAUUAUCAAUGUUCUUGUUCUUGUAUUCAAAUUAAUAAAACGCGGAAUAAAUGAUUGAAGACUUGUAAGUAAUAUAGAGGUGGUGCGAGUUAGUAAUACUAACAUCAAAUAUCUACUCGCUGACUCGAUUAUCAAUUGCCGAUAAGCGCUUUCUCCAUUCUUCAAGGAAUGUAUAUGUGGUUACGAUCUGUGGCACACAAAACGCUUCUGUCUUUAGCGCACCAAUUAUUUAUGGUGUACUGUGGGUGUAUAUCAUAUUUCGUCUAAAACUAAUGAAAAUAGGAUAUCAAUAUUUCUUAACUCAUAACAAAUCGCAGAAAGCUUAUACUUUAUCUGUGUUAUUAAUAAACGCGAAGCAAAGUUAUUCUUCUCUAUUCUAAUUGAAAAUCUUUGUCCUACAGAAUUAAAUGACAGGGAGGAGAUAUUUUUAACUUGGAGUAACUUGCGUUUAUAAAUAAGACAGUAUAUGUAUUAAUAUAGGUUGGUGACCUUGUGCAUUUUGAAUUAAGUCACACGUAUUGAUUCUGACUCUGAACAGACUGUAAUAUAGUAUUUUUUUUAUAUUCCUUUAUAUUGAGUCUAUUUCCACUGUAUCACCGCUUGUGUGAAAAUAAUCGGACGUCUGUAUCCGUCUUAAUAUUUGAAUGUAACUCUGAAUAAGAUAUUUUUACUCUUCACUAAUAGGUACUUAUUUGUGUAGAUGUAUAGCUGUGGUCAUACUGCCAUCGUAUGAGUUACGUGGAACACAUUUGUUUUAUUAUCAAGCCCUCCGAACACGUCCCUUAAAUCUCAGAUAAAAUUGAUUUAAUACGAAUAUAAGCUAUUUUGAGUUAUGUCACUAUUUCUUCAUUCGGUAAAAAAACGAAGAAUGUCAUAACUCGAAAUAACAAAAAGUCCAUGAUUUUUUCCUUAAAGCUCCUUGGUGUGAAAUUGUAUACUCAAGUAAUGUUUGUAUAAAUGCAGUGAAUGCAUUCCGGCUAUGAUAGUCGUAUGUGAUAGAUCGCUACGUAGGGGUAAGUCGAGUAUAGGACGUAACUGUUAGUGAUAUUUAACGUGUUAGCAUAGACGCCUGCAGUUUAUUCUUCAAGUCAAAUUGUAUUCGGCGCAGUUAAUGUAGUCGUGUGUGCAUGUAUUUGUGCAUAUAAAUGUUUGUAUAUCACAAAAUUACACCUAGCUCUGACCUGAUAGAAUUUAAUAUACAUAAAGGCACAAAUGCAAUUGUAAAAAAGGUAAUAUUUGAACUGCGAUGGAAGUAAUUAAAUAAACUAAAUAAUUUUAUUUGAAUUGUGCCAGGUCGGGUGGGGUAGUGCUUGUGUAUUGAUGAACGAUUUAUGUGUAUUGUCCAAUGUACAAAUAGCAAUCAAAAGGUACAAUACAUGUGAAACUGCAUUUUCAAUUCAAUCAGUGUAUGUAUCAGCGAAUAUACUAAUUACUAUAUCUAAUAAUACAAAUUUCAAAUAAACAGUCAACUUUUAA